GUGCUGCAGGAUUUGCUGGUGAAUCAGUGGCCUGUACGCCUGCCAGCGAGCUCCUGUGGCUCAGAUAUUACGAUUAUCUUUCCAAACAGAACAAGAAGUGAUUGAGCCACGGUUACACCAGAGGAAGGGCUCCCUGGGGCUGUGAUGUGAAGAAGGAAUCACAGAUCAGAGAGCAAAGCCUGAGGCCGCACUUCUGGGAUGGCAGGGCGUGUAUGAAGUUUAAAGUGCACCCAGGAAGCAAGAACCAGGAGGGGCCAGGGGAAGAUGAGAGUUCCUACGCUCUGGCUCUUCUCCUUCUUCAUGAUCACCGAGGGCUGGAAUGGCUUCCUGGGGAGUGAUGAUGGCAUCAAAACAAAGCAAGAACUCCUUUUGAAUAAGAAAAAGCCUCUAGGUCCAAUCCAGGAAUACGAGCUGCUGCUUCAGGUGGCCUAUAGAGAUUCCAAGGAGAAAAGAGACUUGAAGAACCUUCUGAAGCUUUUGGAGCCUUGCCCUUUUUUUUUACCUGGGCUGGUGAAGAUUAUCAGAGCAAAGGCCACCACGUACUGUGGCAUCCAGAACGGGGUCCUGCGCUGUGCCUGUGACGACGGCUACUCCUGGUUUCCCCCCUCGUGCCUUGAUCCCCAGAAAUGCUACCUUCACACGGAGGGAUCUCUCCAGAGCUGUGAUUGUCAUCUCAACAACCUCACCCAGAGUGUCCAUUUCUGUGAGAGAACAAAGGUUUGGGGUACUUUCAAAAUUAAUGAAAGAUUUACAAAAGACCUUUUGGAUUCAUCUUCUGCUAUAUACUCCAAAUAUACCACUGGAAUUGAAAUUCAACUGAAAGAAGCGUACAAAAGUAUCCAAGGUUUUGAGUCAGUUCAAGUCACCCAGUUUCGAAAUGGAAGCAUCAUUGCUGGGUAUGAAGUUGUUGGUUCCAGCAACACAUCUGAACUGCUGUCAGGCAUUGAGCAGGCGGCGAAGAAGGCUAAGACAGGCCUGCAUCAGCUGUUUCCACUAGAAGACAACUCUUUCAGAGUGUUCGGAAAAGCCCAGUGUAACAGCAUAGUCUUUGGAUUUGGGUCUAAGAAUGAUAAGUAUACUCUUCCCUGUAGCAGCGGCUACUCCGGAAGCAUCACGGCCAGGUGCCAGCCCUCUGGGUGGCAUGUCCUCAGGGAGACGUGUGUGCUCUCUGAGCUGGAAGAACUGAAGAAGAAUUUCAGUGUGAUUGCCAGCAACGCCACUGAGGCAACCGUGUCAUCCUUGGUGCAGAAUCUUUCAAUGGUCAUUCAGGAAAACCCAUCAACCACAGCCGGGAAUCUGGCUUCUGUGGUGUCAAUUCUGGGCAAUAUCUCGUCCCUGUCCCUAGAAAGACACUUCAAUGUGUCCAUUUCGACAAUGGAGAAUGUCAUCAGUAUAUCUGACCACAUCCUUAAUUCUGCCUCGGUAACCAACUGGACGGUGUUACUUCAGAAAGAAAAGAAUGCCGGAUCCCAGUUACUAGCGUCACUGGAAAACAUCAGCGUUCUGGUCCCUUCGACAGCUCUGCCUCUGGAAUUUUCUCGAGAAUUCAUUAACUGGAAAGGGAUUCCAGCAUCCUCAAAUCAAAGCAAUUUGGGUUACAACUAUCAGACUGAAAUGUUCCCAAAAAAUACCUCCAUUCCCAUCAGAGGCCAUGCAUUAAUUAGGUCAGACCAAUUCCAGGAGCCCCUUCCAGAAACUAUCAUCAGCAUGACCUCCUUGACCCUGGGGAACAUUCUACCUGUUACCAAAAAUGGAAAUGCUCAGGUCAAUGGGCCCUUGAUAUCCAUGGUUAUCCCAAACUAUUCCAUCAAUGAAAUUUUCCUGACUUUUUCCAAGAUAGAAUCAAAUCUGAGCCAGCCUCAUUGUGUGUUUUGGGAUUUCAACCAUUCGCAGUGGAACGAUAAUGGCUGCCACCUAGUGAAUGAAACUCCAGACUCGGUGACGUGUCGCUGUACUCACCUGACCUCCUUCUCCAUGCUGAUGUCACCCUCUGUCCCCCGUGCCAUCGUUCCCGUUGUGAAAUGGAUCACCUUUGUGGGACUGGGGGUCUCCAUCGGAAGUCUCAUCUUAUGCCUGACCAUCGAAGCUCUGUUUUGGAAGCAGGUCAACAAAAGCCAAACCUCACACACGCGUCACAUUUGCAUGGUGAACAUAGCCCUGUGCCUCCUGAUCGCAGACAUCUGGUUUAUUGUUGCUGCCACCGUGGACACCACGGCAAACCCUUCUGGAGUCUGCACAGCUGCAGUGUUCUUUACACACUUUUUCUACCUCUCCUUGUUCUUUUGGAUGCUUAUGCUCGGCUUCCUGCUGGCUUAUCGGGUUAUCCUCGUGUUCCACCACGUGGCCACGCCUUUGUUGGUGGCUGUCGGGUUCUGCCUGGGCUAUGGGUGUCCUCUCAUUAUAUCCAUCAUCACCAUUGCAGUCACACAACCCAGCAAUGGCUAUGAAAGGAAAGAUGUGUGUUGGCUUAACUGGUCCGAUCGGAGCAAACCUCUCUUGGCCUUUGCGGGUCCUGCCCUGACUAUUGUGGCUGUGAAUUUGGUGGUGGUCCUGUUAGUUUUCACGAAGCUCUGGAGGCCCGCUGUUGGAGAAAGGCUGACUCAGGACAGCAAGGCCACUGUCGUCCGCAUGGGGAGGAGCCUCCUCGUUCUGACCCCCCUGCUAGGGCUCACCUGGGGAUUUGGCAUAGGAACAAUGGUUGACAGCCAGAAUCAGGCCUGGCAUGUUAUUUUCGCAGCACUCAAUGCAUCCCAGGGCUUUUUCAUCUUAUGUUUUGGAAUGCUCUUGGAUAGUAAGCUGCGACAGCUGCUACUCAACAAGUUGUCUCCUUUAAGCUUUUGGAACCAAGCAUCAAAGCAAAACUCAUCAGAUUCAUCUGUCCAACCCAGAUUCAAAAAGACUUUCAACCCAUUCCAACACAAACGCAACUAUGUACUUUCUUAUACUGGAGAGUCCUCAAACGACAUCACGCUAACUCAGUUUUCAUCAUCUGAAUAAGGCCGGGAACCCUAAAAUCAAGGAAAAUUUUUUGGAGCAAAUUGACAUUAGAGCUAAAUGUCAGUGAAGAAAUGAUGCUCAAUAUUCAAUGGAUUUUUCUGAUUUCGGAGUCUGAGAAUAUAAUAAGGAACUCGCAGCAGUUUCAUGACAGCCACCUUUCUCUUCAAUUAAAUGGAGAGAUUUACUUCCAUGGGGUUUGAUUCAAAGGAAUUGCUUCAUAAAUGUAGAAGAUUAGGUUUUUGUCGGAAAUUAUGUCAGUUGUACUAGCCUCUCACUGCCACAAACUAUGGUUUCCUUUUUUCACAA